GCCUCCGCCGGAAGAAGAUGCGGAAGCGAGACCGCCUAUCCAGAGGAAGGCAAGUGUUUGGCUCCGGCGGCUGAGAAUCCCGCGCGGGGCUGGAGACAGGUAGCAGUACGGGGGCGGGGCUUCAUGCCGGAAGUGGUAGUCCGCAGUUGUUUCGGUUGGCGGCCUAGGGGGUGGGAGAUGCGGCGGCCACCUGCUGCGAGGCACCGAAGGGAAGGUUAGAGGUACUAAGGCAGUUUGGAGCUGGGGCUGAGCAGCUGUCGCACAGUCAGAUCAUGGGCUCGACCAAGCACUGGGGUGAAUGGCUCCUUAACUUGAAGCUGGCCCCCGCCGGCGUGUUUGGUGUGGCCUUUCUAGCCAGAGUCGCCCUGGUUUUCUAUGGGGUCUUCCAGGACCGGACCCUGCACGUGAGGUAUACGGACAUUGACUACCAGGUCUUCACCGAUGCCGCGCGCUUUGUCACGGAGGGGCGCUCGCCUUACCUGAGAGCCACGUACCGUUACACCCCGCUGCUGGGUUGGCUCCUCACUCCCAACAUCUACCUCAGCGAGCUCUUUGGAAAGUUUCUCUUCAUCAGCUGCGACCUCCUCACCGCUUUCCUCUUAUACCGCCUGCUGCUGCUGAAGGGGCUGGGGCGCCGCCAGGCUUGUGGCUACUGUGUCUUUUGGCUUCUUAACCCCCUGCCUAUGGCAGUAUCCAGUCGAGGUAAUGCGGACUCGAUUGUCGCCUCCCUGGUCCUGAUGGUCCUGUACUUGAUAAGGAAAAGAGUCGUCGCGUGUGCAGCUGUGUUCUAUGGUUUCGCGGUGCAUAUGAAGAUAUAUCCGGUAACUUAUAUCCUUCCCAUAACUCUCCACCUGCUUCCAGAUCGCGACAAUGACAAAAGCCUCCGUCAAUCCCGGUAUACUUUCCAGGCUCAUUUGUACGAGCUCCUGAAGAGGCUGUGUGAUCGGGCUGUGCUGCUGUUCGUAGCGGUUGCUGGACUCACGUUUUUUGCCCUGAGCUUUGGUUUUUACUAUGAGUACGGCUGGGAAUUUUUGGAGCACACCUAUUUUUAUCACCUGACUAGGCGAGAUAUCCGUCACAACUUUUCUCCGUACUUCUACAUGCUGUAUUUGACUGCAGAGAGCAAGUGGAGUUUUUCCCUGGGAAUUGCUGCAUUCCUGCCACAGUUCAUCUUGCUUUCAGCUGUGUCUUUCGCCUAUUACAGAGACCUCGUCUUUUGUUGUUUUCUUCAUACAUCCAUUUUUGUGACUUUUAACAAAGUCUGCACCUCCCAGUACUUUCUUUGGUACCUCUGCUUACUGCCUCUUGUGAUGCCACUAGUAAGAAUGACUUGGAAAAGAGCUGUAGUUCUCCUAAUGUUAUGGUUUAUAGGGCAGGCCCUAUGGCUGGCUCCUGCCUAUGUUCUUGAGUUUCAAGGAAAGAACACCUUUCUGUUUAUCUGGUUAGCUGGUUUGUUCUUUCUUCUUAUCAACUCUUCCAUCCUGAUUCAAAUUAUUUCCCAUUACAAAGAAGAACCCCUGACAGAGAGAAUCAAAUAUGACUAGUGUAUGUUCCACACCUUCUGCUACUGUGUUACAUUCUGAUUGUCUUGUAUGGACCAGAAGAGAGCUUUGGGACAUUUUUUCUGAACAUUCUAAGGAUUCUAGUGAAAGUUUCCGUGUUCCAACAGAAUGUUUGUCUUGUAUGUAAAAGGGACACAAUAAUUGAGGUCCACCUUCUAGGAAAUCCUAGAACUCGUUUAUUUGGGACAUGGUGGGA